AUCCCGAAGAAGAAGUCGAAGGGGGAAAAAAAGUACAACAAGGAAAUAUCUUUGACAGAGUCUUUUUUUCACGCUGGCUACGUUAGGUUACAACUCAAGAGAAGCAUUUUAAAGGAAACUACUAAGAUGUCUCGUCGAUAUGAUUCAAGAACAACCAUCUUCUCGCCUGAAGGCCGCCUAUACCAGGUAGAGUAUGCCAUGGAGGCCAUUGGUCACGCUGGCACUUGUCUGGGGAUUUUGGCCAAUGACGGUGUGCUGCUGGCGGCUGAGAGGAGGAACAUCCACAAGCUAUUGGACGAGGUGUUUUUCUCAGAAAAGAUCUACAAGCUGAAUGAGGAUAUGGCGUGUAGCGUGGCUGGAAUCACAUCCGAUGCCAACGUACUGACCAAUGAGCUGAGACUAAUAGCACAGAGAUACCUACUGCAGUACCAGGAGCCUAUCCCCUGUGAGCAGCUGGUUACAGCUCUGUGUGACAUCAAACAGGCUUACACACAGUUUGGAGGGAAAAGGCCCUUUGGCGUGUCUCUGCUGUACAUGGGUUGGGACAAACACUAUGGUUUCCAGCUCUACCAGAGUGACCCCAGCGGCAACUACGGAGGCUGGAAGGCCACCUGUAUCGGCAACAAUAGUGCCGCGGCCGUGUCCAUGCUGAAGCAGGACUUCAAAGAAGGAGAGAUGUCUCUGUCCUCUGCCCUGGCUCUGGCCGUCAAAGUGCUCAACAAGACUAUGGACGUCAGCAAGCUGUCUGCUGAGAAAGUGGAGAUCGCCACUCUGACCAGAGAGAACGGAAAGACUUGCAUCAAGGUGCUGAAACAGAAGGAAGUGGAUGAGCUGAUCAAGAGACAUGAGGCGGAGGAGGCCAAAGCGGAGAAAGAGCAGAAGGAGAAAGACAAAUGAGUGGCCCACAUUGUUACUUUUCUGUAAAAAAAAUUAAAAUAGUUCAGGUUUUCUAAAUUGUUCUUUGACUAUCUGUUGUAUUUCUUUAAAUAAAGUCUAAAUACUAUACAUGUCUGGCAUCUGCUGAAUGAUGUUUAUUCAGAAAGCUAGGGCUGACUGCAUGUUUUCUGUGUAACAACUCUGUACAAAACUCAAAGCCUCUGCACAGUCUAAUAUUUGUCACACUACCUGUGUGUAGUGUCAUAUAUUAAUCAUAUGAGCCAUCUUUUGAGGACACAGUAUGUUUGAGAGGGAAUAUGUGACUUAUGCUGUAAGGUAUAUGCUGAGCCAUCAGUGCCGAGGAAAUGUUCAUAUCAUGUAAUGUGGAGAAUAUUGAAGUUCCCUAAAUGUGCUUAUGCAACAUCCAUAUUCCAUGCGCUUUUCUGGUGGAAUUGGCGGAUAUCAGAUGCGAUGUAAAAGAUGAGUCGGUGAUUUUUAGAAGGGAUUAGUCAUUGAUUCUACCUUGCUUUAAUUCUGCUGACCUGAUCUUCGAACCUUGAUCGCUGUACAUGCAGAAAAGGGACUUCUGCAAAAGGUCGUGACUGACAUCCAUGCGGUAAGAGCGUCAAUCUGAAGGCUUGUUGUGUAAAGUGAAGAUUAAGGUCAGAGGAGACUGACUGUCCUUUUUUGCACCGCCAGGGAUUAGUGAUGGGAGCCAGAAUGGCAGCUGGGUUUCUACUGUGUCAAAGUCAUGUUGCAUAAAACAUUUUGUGUGGAAAAAAAUCAUUGCAAAUGUGUUGUACUGUAUAUCAGCCUUACGAGUGUGUACAGGGCACAAAAUACACCUUGUAAUCCAGCAACAAAAUAGGCCCACAUUCAGACUAAAUAAAUAGCAUGUCUAAA